CAUUCAAUCCUGAAUACGUUUACUCGUGCAUGUUUACGAGCGUGUACAUUAUACCCCGUCCACGCUCGAAAAAGCGACACGGAUGUGCAUACGGUGGUCGCACACUUCGCCACCACUCAAACAGAAGCAGCGAUCGACACACGAGCCAGUCAGGCACCCUUCUGAGCGCGUGCAACGCGGUGCGCAGCAGCUGAAGAAGAAGAAGAAGACGUUGACAAAGAGAUGGUGGAGGGCGAGGGAGGCUGCGCUGCUAUAUGUAGCCCCGAAUCUUAGCCGGAGCAACUAUUACGCCCGAAAUUCUCGAGGCGGACGCACCCCCUUGCUUGUCGAGCAACAGGUACAGGGUACGUGAGAAAUUUUAUGAAAAUCGCGUGACAUCUUCUUCGAUCGGUUCAACGUUCAUUCGCGAUAUUUUUUUCAACUUUGAAAGAAUAAUCCCUUAGUGAUCGUGUGUGACAGUGAAGUUAGAUCAGACAGAUUCAAGAUAUGUUUUGUGUGAUUCGAAGAGACUAUUAGAAAAGAAGAAGAAGAAGAAGAAGACGAUAUACGUACACGCGAUAAUAGGAAGAAAAUGCCGAGAGCGUUUCUAAUCACUCAUCGACGAUACAAUGGGGUCGAAGAGGAGUUCGAUGGAUCCGGAAGAGAUUUCAGUCCUGAAAGAGGUGUAAGAUUGGCCGAUUAUAGCGGAAACCAUCCAACUUCUGACGGUGCGAGUGAAUGCGGUAGCGAAACAUCGUCAGAGUGUCCCGAAGAAUUGUAUAAUCUUACAAAAUUGGCAGAAGUGAGCUUAGCCGCGGCUGCUGGUACUUUGAUUCAUCCGAGUAACGUGAUUUAUCAACAAUCAGCUUCGCCUAGGUGUACUCAAUUUUCGGACAAAUGCGGAAGAAUGAUAACGCCACGAACAAAACAGCAAGAACCGCAAUUUCAAGAGCAUUCAGGGACCAUUGAAGAUGAACAAUCACUUGGUGAAAGAACAAGAUUAUUUUUUGAGAGGAUCGAAUGCGAACGUGAAAUUUUACAGAAUCGUUCGGAAAAAAGCACAGUUCUAGGUAUUCACGUACCAUCUCGUUCUCAUCACUUGCAAGAAGAACAUCGCAGUAUCGAAGUUUCUGAGAAUUCAUUAGAUAAAAUUGAAUUGGAAUCAAAUCAAUCGUCAUCCUCGACGAUUUUUCAAAACCGAAGGACAACCUCAACCUCAACAGAAACGUCGAAAUCCGAAGACAAUGAGGAUCACGAAUGUCCUGAUUGCGGGAAAAAAUAUUCGACAUCCUCCAAUUUGGCCAGACAUCGACAAACGCAUAGAUCUCUCGGAGAUAAGAAAGCUAGAAGAUGUCCACAUUGCGAUAAAGUUUAUGUCAGUAUGCCUGCAUUUAGUAUGCAUGUCAGAACGCAUAAUCAGGGGUGUAAAUGUAAUUAUUGCGGCAAAUGUUUCUCGAGACCAUGGCUCCUACAAGGACAUAUACGUACUCAUACAGGUGAAAAACCAUUUAAAUGUACAAUCUGUAAUAAAGCAUUUGCCGACAAAUCAAAUUUACGUGCUCACAUACAAACGCACUCGAACACUAAACCACAUGUAUGCAGUCGUUGCGGUAAAGCAUUUGCUCUGAAAUCAUAUCUGUAUAAACACGAAGAAUCAUCGUGUAUGAGGGCCCAUCAUCGAUCAUCUACAGAUAAAAUCGAUGGAAAUGAUCAAAAAAUAGCAUCAUCGACAAAAACUUGUGCACCAUUACCAUCUUCUUUGAACAGAUUACAAACAACAUCGUGUGUUACGGCAUCUCCUACAAGCGUUAUUGUUCCUCGCCUAGGCCUCAAUCGUGAUCAAAGAAAUUCAUCUUCGGCGUUUUCUGCGAUUAUUAGAAACACUAGAGUUCCCGAUGCGUCUACAUCACCUCCACCAUCAAAACGUUCUUACAGAGAGAAAACUCCAAGUGAAGAACGCGAAAGAAAAAUAUCUGAUAAUGUAACAAAGAAUCCAGAAUGUGUAUCAAGAAUGGUCAUUAGAACAUCCGUCAUAUCUCCUAAUCCGGAACAUCUCAGUCGUUUCAACAAUGAUACUUCUUCCAAUAAUUACGAUUUUUCCGAUCCUACGAGGUCUUCCGCAUUUUCCCAGCCAACGACAAUGACACUUAACUUAGCUAUCGCAUAGAUUAAAAUAGAAAAAUCGAAGAACAGAAGUAUCUUCGUUCAAAACAAUAGAACAAAAAUUAUGGCAAGUAUUUUUAUAAAAUAAUAAUGGCAAUAUUAUCGUAUACAGAUACACCAAAGAUUAUUUUAUACUUACGGAUCAGUAAAUUACUGAAACCGAAUGUAAUUUCAUAAAUAUGAAUUACCAUCUAAAUCCAAAAAUGAACAAUUAAAUUAUUGCUUCGUAGAAACAUAAAGACGUAAUUACUUAAUAACAACUAGUGUCAUUCCUAUCAAUAUUGAGAUAAGUUUGUUAAGUUUUAAUGAGAAACGUUUAAAAUUUUAUUAUACUUACUUAAUGGAAUCUUUAUAUGCAAUGAAUAUCCAUUUUUUAUAGUUGAAUGUAGAAUCAAUUUUUGAAACAAUUUAACAUAACAAAUACUAUAGAUAGAAAUCACGAAUGUUAUUCCAUGCACCUUCCUAAUUAGGGACCAUAUAACACAUAGUCAUAUUACUGAUAAAAUUGUGAGAGAAAAUUACCAAUUCCUAGUGUUGUGCCUUAAAUAUUUGUACGUAGUUACAGUUUUUUAAAGACAUAUCAUGCGUUGCAUUAAGAAAAAAAAUAAUUUAUUGAUUUAACGUGAA